AUGGCAAUAGCAAGUAAUAAAACACUAUGUUUUAUAUGUAAAAAGGAAAAAAUAACAUAUCCUUGUAGAGGAUGUUCAAAAGAAUUUUGUUUAAUACAUUUAACAGAACAUCAACAAAACUUAAAUGAAGAAUUAAAUCAUAUUAUUAAUGAUUAUGAUCAAUUUAAACAAACAAUUAAUGAACAAAAACAAAACCCACAAGAUCACUUAUUAAUAGAACAAAUUAAUCAAUGGGAAAGAAAUUCAAUUGAAAAAAUCCAACAAAAAGCGCAACAAUGUAGAAAUAUUGUCAUUGAAUCUUCACAAACAUUCAUUAAAGAGACUGAAAUGAAAUUUGAAGAUUUAUCCGAACAAAUAAAACAUAUUCAUGGCGAAAAUGAGUUUAAUGAAAUUGAUUUAAAUUAUUUAACAAAUCAAUUAAUUAAAAUUACAAAAGAAUUAAAUGACCUAUCAGAUAUAUCUAUUAAAGAAGGUUCACAGUCAUUUAUUAAUGAAAUUUCAAUUAUUUUCAUGAAAAAGCCAAAAUUCAACAAAUGGAAACAAAAUGCCAUCACUGUGGUUGGUGGAAAUGAAGGAGGGGAAGGAUUAAAUCAACUCAAUUGGCCAAAAGGAAUCUUUAUUGAUAAAAACAAAAAUAUUUUCAUUGCUGAUCAUGAUAAUCAUCGUAUUGUUGAAUGGAAAUAUAAUGCAAAAGAAGGACAAAUCAUUGCAGGUGGAAAUGGACAAGGAAAUCAAAUGGAUCAAUUGAGUUGGCCUACAGAUGUGAUAGUUGAUGAGCAAAAUCAUUCGAUCAUUAUUGCUGAUAAUGGAAACAGACGAGUGAUUCAGUGGCUGAAUCAAACUCAACAAAUUCUUAUCAAGAAUAUUCAUUGUUUUGGCCUGGUAAUGGAUAAAUAUGGAUAUGUUUAUGUUUCUGAUCAUAAGAAGAAUGAAGUGAGAAGAUGGAAAAUAGGUGAAUAUAACAACGAAGGAACUGUAGUGGCUGGUGGAAAUGGAAAAGGAAAUCGACUCAAUCAGCUCAAUUAUCCUACUUUUAUCUUUGUUGGCGAAGAUCAAUCUGUUUAUGUAACAGAUCAAGAUAAUCAUCGUGUGUUGAAAUGGAGAAAAGAUGCAAAAGAAGGAAGAAUUGUGGCUGGAGGAAAUGGUAAAGGAGAAAAUCUCAAUCAAUUGUCUUAUCCUCAAGGAGUCAUUGUUGAUGAUUUGGGUCAAAUCUAUGUAGGAGAUUUGGGGAAUGAUCGAGUAAUGCGUUGGUGUGAAGAAAAAGAAGAAGGUGAAAUUGUUGUUGGUGGAAAUGGAAGAGAAAAUCAAUCAAAUCAAUUCAGUCGUCCUAGUGAUUUAUCUUUUGAUAAUGAAGGAAAUCUUUAUGUUGUUGAUGAAUCGAAUCAUCGAAUUCAAAAAUUUGAAAUAAUUUAG